GGAUGGGACCAGUAGCCAGAGAUCCUAGCAUGCCUGACCGCUAGUCUACUUCCUGGAUGGAAGAAUGGGACCACUUUUCUUCGCAUUGUGCAAAGCCCUUCGUCACGCUGCCGCCGAGGAUAAUCACUUAAUAAUGACCACGUGUAAUCAAUGAUAUUCGACCACUUUUUUCUUAGCAGUUAAAGGCAGCGAUUGAUCGCCGAUUGACCCCUGCACACUUCGGGAAUGUCGCUAUCUGGAAGCCCGCUACAGGCACGGCAGAGUCCAACAGAUUUGCAACUGUUUUUGCACGGCUGUGGUGUGCGUAACGUGCUUUUCCUCGAAGCUGAAAAGAGCCCCUGCUCGGUCUGGAGGCGAAUAAAUCUCUCUUUUUGAAAAACAGUGACUCUGUCUGUCGCCUAACAAACCCGCUAACCGUUUUUUUUUUUACUUUGACGCUCGCUGCCUUCGUGGCUGCUGUGCCAACUUGGUUUUCAGCUCGGGUCGUGUGUAUGUGAUUUUUUUUAAAGAAGAGGAAAAAGACUCAGAAACUUUGUCACCCGUUGCCUUCUUGGUACUCUCGAUGAUCAGUCUAACAUGCGGAGAAUACGGGAACCGAGUUACUGGUGGAUUUUAUCCUUAAUGUUUUUAACCUUGCCCAAACACAAAGACUGUCAUCCCGUUUCAUCGGCUGGCCAACCCCGCCACGCUGGAGACAGGCACCAUGGGAACACAGGCGUUAUGAGGGAAAGGCGGGCAGCAGGUGAACCCUACUGGUCCUAUUCAGGAAGCCAUGGACCUCGAAGCUGGGCGGCCUCAUACCCAGAAUGUGGUGCGAAGAACCAAUCACCUGUGAAUAUUGCAGAUGAACAAGCACUAGUUUCAGAGGAAUAUCAGGAGCUGGUGCUUGAGAAGUUUACUGCUGAGUCAUCCAACCAGACUAGCAUGAAAAACACUGGAAAGACAGUUGCUGUUCUCUUGAAGGAUGACUACUUUGUAAGAGGUGCUGGACUGCCAGGGCGUUUUAAGGCUGAGAAGAUGGAGUUUCACUGGGGCCAGAGUAAUGGAUCAGCAGGCUCAGAACACAGCAUAAAUGGCAGACGGUUCCCUGUGGAGAUGCAGAUCUACCUUUACAACUCGGAUGACUUUGACAGUCUCAGCGCAGCCAUCAAGGAAAGACGCAUCAUUGCUGCCAUGGCCGUCUUCUUUGAGCUGGGGCAAAAAGACAAUCCUGCUGUGGAGCCCAUCAUCCAGGGAUUGAAGGGAGUGGUGCAUCAUGAAAAGGAGACCCACCUGCGGUCAUUCAUCCUGAGGGACCUCCUGCCAUCAUCGGUGGACAGCUAUUACCGAUACACAGGCUCUCUGACCACCCCGCCCUGCAGCAAGGUAGUGGAGUGGAUCAUCUUCUCCAGGCCGGUGUAUCUGUCCCACUCACAGCUGGAGUUUUUUUACCACAUCUUCACAACAGAGCAACAGGACCACGUCAAGUCUGUGGACUACCUGAGGAACAACUUCCGGCACCUGCAGAACCUCGAUAAUAGGAAAGUCUACAAGUCCGCUGUGAAAGACGCAUGGCAGAGAGAUCUGACUGAGAUUUUGGAAAGCCCUCAUGGCACUGAGGCUUCAAGAGUGUGCAGCAGCGCCCCAGUGAGCAUAAGGAUCAAGCCGCUGAACCAGACAGCAAUGAUGGUGAGCUGGGAGCGCCCUCUGACCGUCUACCACCCCCCUAUCACCAGCUACAUGGUGUCCUACAGCUGGGUGAAACGGGACGUCGCUGAUGAAAAGACAUUCACCAAGACCGGAGACCAGAGCAUGAAAGCAGUCAUCACUAAUGUGUCUCCAGAUGUCCUCUACCUCUUCAGGGUGCAGGCUGUGUGUCAGCACGACCUGCGCAGCGAUUUCAGUCAGACACUGCUGUUUAGAGCAAAUACAACAAGAACUUUUGAAGGGUCUCGUAUCGUGAAAACUGGGAUGCCCACGAUUUCCCCAGCAUCCUCAGCUGACAUGGCCCCCAUCAGCUCUGGCUCCUCCACUUGGACGUCCUCUGGCAUCCAUUUCUCCAUUGUCUCCAUGGCAACAGGCAUGGGCCCCUCCUCCAGUGGCAGCCAGGCCACUGUAGCAUCAGUAGUGACAAGCACCUUGCUGGCAGGGUUAGGUGUGAGUGGAGGGGUCCUGUCUUCUCUGCCAAGCUCUGCCUGGCCCACACAGGCGCCCCAAGCCACCCAGAACCCGACCCGUCCAUCCGUCCCACCUGAGAAGUCUAGCACGGAGCAGGGGCCACCUCAGGCCUCUGAGACAGAGGCCCCAUCUGAGGAGAGCCAGGCAAAACAGGAAGGCCAGGAGGGGGACAAGGAGGAGGAGGGAGAGGAAGAGCAGGAAGAGGGAGAGGAGGAGAAGAAGAGAAAGAGCAAGACAGCGACUGAUAAUGAGGAGAAUCAGGCAAACAGAACUGUGGCCAAAGAGCCUUUUAUCCCCACCCCUGCAUCUACAGCCAAAGAGAAAGGAGAGGGGAACUCUACGGUCAGAGGCAGCACAGCGCCUGCCAGCAACGCAGACAACCAGUUAGUGAACAUAGAGAAUAAUCACACAGAUGCUAAUGUGGUUUCCACUCAGGAGCCUCGAAACAACAGCGCAGAGAUGCAGAUUCCCCAGAGCUCCACACUGUCUCCAACGAUCAGCAGGGAUGGGAAGAGUGUCUGGCCUUUUUCUGUCCACACCGAGCGUACUGUCCUAUCCAAUGAGACACGCGGCCCUCACCCAGGGAUGGGCCGGAUGGUGUGGAUCGUCCCCCUGGUGGUGGUGUCUGCUCUCACGCUGCUGUGCCUCAUCAUGCUGCUGAUUGUGAUGGUCUACUGGAGGAGGUUUUUCCAGACAGCUCACUUCUAUGUGGAGGAGAGCAGCUCUCCACGAGUGGUGGCCAAUGAGAAUAUACCAAUCAUCCCUAUUCCAGAUGACAUGGAGGCCAUACCCGUGAAGCACUUUGUAAAACACAUCAUGGAGCUCUACAAGAACAACCUGCAGGGUUUUUCUGAAGAGUUUGAGGAGGUCCAGCGCUCCACAGCAGACCUGAAAAUCACAGCAGAACAUUCCAACCAUCCCGACAACAAGCACAAAAACAGAUACAUCAACAUCGUGGCCUAUGAUCACAGCAGGGUCAAACUACGAGCUCUGGCGGGGAAAGAUGCCAAACACUCAGAUUACAUCAAUGCCAACUAUGUGGAUGGCUACAACCGUCCCAGGGCAUAUAUCGCUGCUCAGGGUCCUCUUAAGUCCACAUUUGAGGACUUCUGGAGGAUGGUGUGGGAGCAGAACACUGGAAUCAUCGUCAUGAUCACAAACCUGGUGGAGAAAGGCAGAAGAAAAUGUGAUCAGUACUGGCCGACGGAGAACAGUGAGCAGUACGGUAACAUUGUGGUGACGCUGAAAAGCACCAAAGUGCACGCCUGCUACACACUGCGGCGUUUCCUUAUAAGGAACACUAAAGUCAAAAAGGGUCAGAAGGGGAACCCUAAAGGGAAGCUUAACGAACGCAUUGUGGUUCAGUAUCACUACACUCAGUGGCCUGACAUGGGAGUGCCAGAGUACACCCUCCCUGUCCUCACCUUCAUCAACCGCUCGUCAGCAGCUCGCACUGCAGACAUGGGCCCUGUCCUGGUGCACUGCAGUGCUGGGGUUGGGCGCACAGGAACUUACAUCGUCAUUGACAGCAUGCUGCAACAGAUCAAGGACAAAAGCACAGUCAGCGUCCUGGAUUUUCUCAAACAUAUCCGCACACAACGCAACUACCUAGUUCAAACUGAGGAGCAGUAUGUUUUUAUCCAUGAUGCUCUGAUGGAGCACAUCCUGAGCAAAGAGACAGAGGUUCCCGCCUGGCAGCUGCACAGUUAUGUCAACAGCAUCCUCACACCAAACUCUGCCGGCCGCACGCAGCUGGAGAAGCAGUUCAGGCUGCUGACUCAGUGCAACACACGCGCUGUGGAGUGCUUUAGUGCCCACAAAGAUAGCAACAAGGAAAAGAACCGCAACUCCUCAGUGGUUCCCUCGGAGCGAGCAAGGGUCGGACUUACCACUCUGCCCGGCAUGAAGGGAACAGAUUACAUUAAUGCAUCCUACAUAAUGGGUUACUUCAGGAGUAAUGAGUUCAUCAUUACCCAGCAUCCUCUGCCCCACACUACCACAGACUUCUGGAGGAUGAUCUGGGACCAUAACGCUCAGAUUAUUGUCAUGCUGCCUGACAACCUGGGGCUGGCUGAGGAUGAGUUUGUUUACUGGCCGAGUCGAGAAGAGGCCAUGAACUGCAUCGCCUUUACCGUAACCCUCAUCAGUAAGGACAGACUGUGCCUCUCCAACGAGGAACAGAUCAUCAUCCAUGAUUUCAUCCUCGAGGCUACACAGGACGACUACGUUCUGGAGGUGAGACAUUUUCAGUGCCCUAAAUGGCCAAACCCCGAUGCUCCACUCAGCAGCACCUUUGAGCUCAUCAGUGUCAUCAAGGAGGAGGCCAUGACCCGAGAUGGCCCCACUAUUGUGCAUGAUGAGUAUGGAGCCGUGUCAGCCGGCAUGCUCUGUGCUCUCACCACGCUGUCCCAGCAGCUGGAGAAUGAGGGUGUCGUCGACAUCUACCAGGUGGCUAAGAUGAUCAAUCUCAUGAGGCCGGGAGUCUUCACUGAUAUAGAGCAGUACCAGUACCUUUACAAAGCCAUGCUCAGCCUGGUCAGUAACAGGGAGUGCGGCCUGAGCCCCAUGCACAUGGACACUAACGGGGUGGUGGUGAUCGCAGACGAGUCAGACCCUGCCGAGAGCAUGGAGUCGCUCGUCUGAGGACUUUCUCACAGGCACUUAAUUUGUAAAAGAACUCGAGAACUUUUCUGAGGCCUUUUUUGCCAGACUAUUGAUUAAACGAAUAACCUUAUUACUUUUUAUACUGAUGAAAGUUUUUUGAUAUUUAUGUUUUUGUCCUUUAUUCUCUUGUCUUAUUUGUUAUCCUGCUGAGCGUUUGCACCUGUUUUAAGUUGACGUGAGGAUAAAGCAGCUCUGUCCAGUUUGCACUAUACUAUCAGUGUUACUGCCUAAAUCCAGUGAGUGAAAAAAUUCUGACAUCACAACACAUCUGGGAUCUGACUGUCAGACGGCGUCGGGACGAACCCUGAAGCAUGAAGGCCAGGAGACAUUCUGGCAAUCCACCACUACAAAAGAAAACAUCACGUCACGUAGCCCAGCAUGCAUUAAGUCACUUUGUCACCUCAGUCAAUCUGUUUUAAAGCUCUGCCAACAUGGUGGCGGUGCUUUUAUCCCGUUAAGAGACGAUUACCUGCCUAUUAUUCAUAUACUGUCCAAAUAUCUCACUGCUGUAUAAUGUACUUAUUGCUUAUUUUGUUUAAUGUGUUACAUCUAAUGUGAACCUUUCUUGCUUUUUACAGGGAUUUCUAUUGUUAUAUUGUUUUGUAAUAUAUACACAUAUAUUAUAUCCUUCAUAGCCAGCCAAUAUUUUUGUUGUUUAGUAUUUUGCCUCUUUGUCCACUGGCCAUAGUGAAGAUGAUCUUUUCUUUUUUUUAGUAUAUAUCUUAUGAUGAUUUAUCUACAAAUUCCUCUUUUAAUUUUUUCCAGCCUUCUAACCUCAGCAGUCACGGCUUGUCUGUUAACACAUCAUAGGUUUCUCUGUAACGACACAGGAGAAAUAUUCACUCCAGGUUACAUUUAUUUACAUUCUUAAAUCACAGUGGAUGCAGUGAGGAUUUAUUUUUGCCACAUCAAUAAAAUAAACUGUUUUAAUUUCAAAGUGUACACUAAUAGAUGAUGAUUACAUUUUUAGCUGACACAACUGAUGGCACAGGUAUUGACCCUCUGUAGACAAUAUUUUGAACCAAUCCUUUGUUAUGGAGGGCUGUUUCCAUUCAUUCUCUAAAGUUCUAUCAGACUUUAACUAAGCCUGGAAGUGAAAAGCAAAGUCCUUCCUACAUUUCUCUCAUAUCCUGGGCUUUUUCAUAUUUUUCUGCCUUCAGUUUCCAAACUCACAAGCAUGCAACAGAGCCAGCAUCCUCCACAGAAGUAUUUCAGGAUGAUUUGACCGUUAAACCCUCAGCAAUGUCCCAGGGUCUCCCUGCAUAACUUUUUCCCCUCUUUUCUUCCACCAGAGGCUUGUUCUUUUUGACUGGUUAAAUGUCUCCAAUCUCAGCCAUGACACCCUGCAGCUUCUCCGAGGCUCCCUCACUCUCUCCGUGGUUUCACUCAUGCCCUCGCCCAUUCCUGUAACGCACACUCUGCUUUUUGAGCAUGAGCUGCUUGAGGCAGAUUUUAGAGCUGUGCUGUUCUCCUUCAUUUUUUAUCAUUGUACUAGGGAUAUCCAGUGCCUUUGAAAUGUUUCCUAUCCCCCAGUGAUCACGUAUUUUGAUUGAUUUUUAUAGGAUAUCCUUUGUUUGUUUGACUUAGUCACAGAUAUAUUUAACCUGUAAAACAACAAAAUAAACACGUGAUCUCCAUCCAGCAUUUUAAGUAUUAGAAAGAUGAAUACUAGUGCAAUCGUUUCUUUUAUACCUACUAUAUCUAAAUCUAUAGAUUUCCUUUGAGUCCAUUAUGUGUGAAGCUGCAUUAAAAAACACAUCUAAUACCUCCACUGUGAUUAUAAGCUGUAAAUAACAGAAUAUAUAGAAAUCUAAAAGGGGUGAAUACUUCUUGCAGUCAUUGUUAUUUUCUUUUUGGGGCUUUGAUGCUUUAUUUGUAACCAAAGAUGUGGUUCCAGUUUGUAACAUGUAAGUACUUUAGUUCUGAGAAUUAUUUAAUCACCUUUAGUCUUUGAGAAACAAAUGUAAAAUAUUGCCAGUGACAGCAUAGUUCUGAUUUAAAGGGGACAUAUCAUAAAAAAACACUUUUUCCAUGUUUUUGGGAUAUAUAUGUGGGUAUUUGGAUUAACUGCAAACCCACAAAAUAUGAGCUAAGUCCUUUGUUUGUGCUCCACCUACGUCUGAACUCUUACAUCAAUGUCAUAAUAAUACCUGCCCUGCACCCGCUAUCUCCACCCACGGCCAUGAAAGCACAGCUGCACUUGUAUCGACCAGAGACUGUAGAAAAUGUAAGAUAAAUCCUGAGUGGUAGUAGCCGUUUGGUUACUGUAGGGGGUCCAAUCAGCGGCAGCUGCUGUCUCUAACUUUCAAUCAACAUAGAAAUAAGACAAGGGUGGUUAUGUUUUUUUAACAUUUUGUCUCACCUUGGCUUUUUGUCCUAAAAUGCUUGUGAAACAUCAAACCUAUGGUGCUCAUUCAGUAUCUAAACAUCCUUUUUUCACUGAGGCUUUAGGGAUAUGUGUGCUGCAGGAAUGUUACUGGAAUUUUCAAAAUUCUAUAAAGACAAAAAAAAAUGUAAUUAAUUUACAACUUAAUUUUUUUUUAUGUAUUACAUAGAGUAAAUAAUAAUGAUUGAGACUUUUUUGUACAAGCUACUUUUUUCCCAUCUUUUGGGGACCAAAAUGUGGAAAAAUAAUCAUUCUGAGACAAAAAAAUCUUCAAAUUAUUUACAUUUUCAGGAAGAAAAAGUCCCUGUGCUUUUUUAUAUUGUGUAAUUAUGAGCCGUUGUUCAAAGCCGUUCCUGACUGCAGAGACACAGAAGGACACAUCUCAGGCUCGCUGUCUCUUUUUCUCUCCAUUGUGAGCCAUUCAGGCUGCUCAGGCUAAGUGUUACAUAUGCUCUGUUUGACGAUGGAACAGCCUGCCAUUGGUUGUCACAGCCCAUGUGACAUCCGUUAUAGGAAUUUUGUAUGGUGACUAAUGCUAAGCUAGCGGAAGAAAAAAUUGAAAUAAUGAUUAAAAAUUGAUGAAAAAACUUUCAAUAUUGGAGUUACUGAUGCAGAUUCACUCUUUAAAGACCAUGGAAAGUCACCGAAGUUCCAGGAUGGCUAGAAAAUCUACUGUAAGGGUUAAGAAGCAUUAUUCAUUAGGAUGGCAAAAUUGAGGGUGUUCAGAGGGAUAAAAGUAGCUGAAUAUGACUAAAUGGCUCAAAACUUAUUUAUAAAUCAAAUAAGCUGUGUCUUUACUUGUCGUUUGCAGCAGGGAAGGUCUAAGAGGGUUAAACCAAAAGGGACGAGUAUAGAAACAUUCACUCCCCAUACAGUGUGUGCCCAUGAAUGCAUUAAAUGUCCUGAGAAAUUAAUUUUAACCCAUUAUAGCCUGAAAACACAAAUCAGAGCCAGAAAAUUCUCAUUUUCUGGAAAUCCCCCCAAAAAUCUAAAUUUCCAUAAAAUUUAUCAUAUAUAUUUUUUGUAUCUCAUUUGA